AUUAAAUAAUCAAUUGCGGGAUUGAGUUCACGUUAUUUUCUUGUUUCAUAGCGUUAUUUCCUGUAGCUGUCAACUUGAGACAUGAUGUCUGUGUAUCAUUUUUAGUCACAGUGUAACAGUUAGCAAACGAGAGUAACUUGCUUACAAACGAAGAUAAAUUAGCUAACCGGAGUAACGUUAGCUAACAUCAGUGGCUAGUUAUUUAGCUAAUUUUCGUUUCAUCAGCGAUCCUGGGGGAGUUUCCUGUCUCACCGCAGGAAUGCCGGGUGGAGAAUAUGGGGAGCUCGGGGCCAGCCUCCCUGCAAUCACCUCCCUGAACGCUUCCUACUCUACGUCGUUGUCCCUUCCUUCCCCAUACCUGUUGGUACCUCCUGCAGAGCGCAAGGCCAUCUCUGACGUUCGCCGUACCUUCUGUCUCUUUGUGACAUUUGAUCUGCUCUUCAUCUCCCUUCUGUGGAUUAUUGAGCUGAACAUCUCCAGCACAAUCUGGGAGAGCUUAGAAAAUGAGGUUGUCCAUUAUAACUACAGGUCUUCCUUCUUUGACAUCUUUCUCCUUGCCAUGUUUCGUUUCCUGUGUCUACAAAUGGGUUACGCUGCUUUUCGGUUGAAGCAUUGGUGGGUUAUUGCGGUUACCACUCUAGUGACCAGCGUCUUCCUCGUUGUUAAGGUCAUCAUAUCUAAUCUCCUGUCCCAGAAUGCCUUUGGCUACGUGUUACCCAUCACUUCAUUUGUGGUGGCCUGGCUGGAGACCUGGUUCCUCGACUUCAAGGUGCUCACUCAGGAGGCAGAUGAUGAGAGAGCCUACCUAGCAGCAGUGAACGCAGCCUGCGAACGAGCCCCCAUGAUCUAUCCCCGUGCUGUUUCAGACGGACAGUUCUACUCUCCACCUGAAUCAAUCGCAGGCUCUGAAGAGGAUCUGGAUGAGGAGGGUCUUGGACGCAGAGCUGUCACUGCACAGGAGAAGGAGUAUGUCAGACAAGGUCGUGAGGCCAUGUCUGUGGUAGAACAGAUCCUAGCCCAGGAGGACAACUGGAAAUUUGAAAAAAACAAUGACACUGGUGACUCUGUCUACACUCUGGAGAUUCCCUUCCAUGGAAAGACUUUCAUUCUUAAGGCCUUUAUGCAGUGCCCUGCUGAGCUUGUGUAUCAGGAGGUGAUUCUGCAACCAGAGAAGAUGGUCCAGUGGAACAGAACUGUUUCUGCCUGCCAGGUCCUUCAGAGGGUUGACGACAACACUCUAGUAUCAUAUGAUGUCUCUUCUGGAGCAGCAGGGGGAGUUGUGUCUGCAAGGGACUUUGUUAAUGUUCGGCGGGUGGAACGCAAACGAGACUGCUACCUGUCUGCUGGCAUGGCAACCGACCACGAUGCCAAACCUCCAAGCGGUCGCUAUGUCAGGGGAGAGAAUGGUCCAGGAGGAUUUGUGGUCCUCAAAUCAAGCAGUAACCCGUCCGUCUGCACUUUCAUCUGGGUCCUCAACACAGACUUGAAGGGACGACUGCCCCGCUACCUCAUCCACCAGAGUCUGGCCGCCACCAUGUUUGAAUUCAUGACCCAUUUACGCCAACGUAUCGCUGAACUGCGGCCCUCUCUCCGCUCCCACCACCACACUUAAAACAGGAGAGACCUCUACAGCUGGUUGAGAGGUGUCACUGCUGUUUUAUUUUAGUGAACCCCAAACAUGGGCGUAGCAGUACCCUUGAGAUGCAUCUAAGCUGAAGGGAUGUGCUACUGUAAGACUGCACUUCUAAGCAUAGGAGAUGUGAGACAUGUGACCAUGCAUUCACCACAUUUCAGUCACCAGAGAAGAGGAGUAAUUAGGUUAUCAAAGACAAUGUUCCUCCUCAUCCUUAAACUUCAACAUUGUUUUUUAAGUGUGAUCACAUACAUAUUUUAUGUAGACCUGUAAUUGUAUUGCUGUGUCCCUCACCGUGCAAUGAGAACUGUGUGUCCUGAACCUGCCAAGUCAUCUUGUGGCAGGGUGGACAUUACUGAAAUAAGAAAACCUGGAUGAGGAUGUACGUGAUUCUCACUGUGUGGACAUCUGUCUCGCUUGUUACAAAAGAACUGGUGCAAUGGCAUGAAGCAGCCGUCUCUGUGCCUUAUCUUACUGCGUACAUUGUUAGCCUUUGACUUGCUGCUUUAGUUUUGUUUUUUUGUUUAGAUUUUUUUGUGUGUACGUUUUCACUGCAUCAUCUUAAAUAUAUCUUAAAAAACCAAGAGAAAUCCUCUUGGUUUGAAUCAUGACCUAUUCCAGGGUGCAAAAAUCUAUCAACUAACGUUUAAUCAACUGAGGGUUUUUAAUACUUCUGUAGUUUUUGCACUUUGGGAUCGGCCAGGAGAUCAAACUAGGAAUCCGAUCAGGAGGCUGUUAAUCUGUGUUGCAAAUGCAUUCUCAAGCUCAGUUAAGAGAAAUGAAGAUGGAUGAUAAUGUUCAUAAAUUAGGAUGCUGUAUACUUACAAAAGCUAUCUUUUGUGCCAAUAACCUCAAGUGGCCUUGUGGUAGAAUAGCUAAACUAAUUAUUUGUCAUCAAAAGUUAUUACUGUACUGAUAUGAUUUCCAUUGACGUACUGGCCUUCCCUCAGGCCCUGAGAUGUGGCACUGAAUGAGGUUUUCCUAUCAUUUCUUACAUAGUGGAGCAUUGUAUUGUUUUUAAAUAUUUAGAAUAGAAAUGCCCCUUCUAGCUUGUUAAGUUUUAGGGUUUUUUUUUCAAAAGUCUGCACCUCAGUGUUAUGAUGUACCUCAGAAAAUCAUGAUUUAUCAUUGCAUAUGUAAUGAAAACUGGCAAAAAGCUGAGGUCUGGCUAUUGGUUCAAAUUACUGUGGAGUUGAACCAAAGAGAGUCACUUGUUCUUCCUUGUGCUUUUCAGUCUUGAUAUAUAAGGCACAAAACAACUGUGUUUAAUUGUUCACACUUUGAAGGAGCAUGUUUAUGGGUGUAACUGUGAUGUUGUGACUGUAGUCAUUUACCACAUCAUACUCACAACAUGGCCACACAGCAUUGAGGCAUUUUACUUUGUAAGGUAUUUGUGGAUGCUGCAAUCAGUCUGAAAUUAUUCCUUCUUAUGAAGUAAAAAAACAAGUGGUUAUUGAGAUUUAACUGGAUAAUUUGCUAUGAUUGAUUUUAGCUACAUACCUGACAGGGAAUGUCAAAUGAAAGUAAUUAGCGAUAUCAACAAUUUUGUGCCUUUAUUACAGUCAGCCUUUUUUUUUUUUUGCAUUUAUUUUAUGCUGUUAAAUCAAUACUUAAUACCUUCAGCAAAGGUAUACUGAAUGCAUAUGAAGCCUACUUACAAUACUUCAAUUUCUGUUUUCUUUAAUAACGUUUUUUGUGUCUAUAGAUCAUUCAUCAACAUGUUAAUUUAAAGCCAUCACAGGAAUACUGACCAACAGUUUUUGAGUCUUAACCAGUGUCUUAUGUCUAAUAAAAUAUAUGAUCUCAA